UGGCGGAGGAGUCCGGCCGGCGCAGCGGCGCUCCGAGCACGAGUAGCUGUAGCCGCUAGCGCCGCGGGGCGAGGUCGUCGCCAUGGCCCGUUGGAUCCCUACCAAGAGGCAGAAGUACGGGGUUGCAAUCUACAACUACAAUGCAUCUCAAGAUGUGGAACUCUCCUUGCAGAUCGGCGACACCGUCCACAUCCUGGAGAUGUAUGAGGGCUGGUACAGAGGGUAUGCUCUCCAGAACAGAUCUAAAAAGGGCAUUUUUCCUGAAACGUACAUCCAUUUGAAGGAGGCAACCGUGGAAGAUGGAGGGCAGCAUGAGACCGUGAUUCCUGGGGAGUUGCCCCUGGUUCAAGAGCUCACGAACACACUACGAGAAUGGGCCGUCAUCUGGCGCAAGCUCUAUGUGAACAACAAGGUGACACUAUUCCGUCAGCUGCAGCAAAUGACAUACAGUCUGAUCGAGUGGCGCUCCCAGAUCCUAUCUGGGACACUCCCCAAGGACGAACUUGCAGAGCUGAAGAAGAAGGUCACAGCCAAAAUCGAUCAUGGGAACAGAAUGCUUGGACUAGAUCUGGUUGUGCGGGAUGACAAUGGAAACAUCUUAGAUCCGGAUGAGACCAGCACUGUUGCCCUGUUCAGGGCCCAUGAAGUUGCUUCUAAAAGGAUAGAGGAAAAGAUCCAAGAGGAGAAGAGCAUUUUGCAGAACCUGGACUUGAGAGGCCAGGCAAUCUUCAGUACUGUCCACACUUAUGGCCUCUAUGUGAACUUCAAGAAUUUUGUCUGUAACAUCGGGGAGGAUGCGGAGCUGUUCAUAGCCCUGUAUGACCCAGACCAGUCCACCUUCAUCAGUGAGAACUACCUAAUUCGCUGGGGCAGUAAUGGGAUGCCCAAGGAGAUAGAGAAGCUGAAUAACCUCCAAGCAGUGUUCACCGAUCUCAGCAGUACAGACCUCAUCCGGCCACGUAUCAGCCUCGUGUGCCAGAUUGUCCGGGUGGGCCGCAUGGAGCUGAAGGAGGGCAAAAAGCACACCUGUGGGCUGCGGAGGCCCUUUGGAGUAGCAGUGAUGGACAUUAGUGACAUCGUACACGGGAAGGUGGAUGAUGAAGAAAAGCAGCAUUUUAUUCCCUUUCAGCAAAUUGCCAUGGAAACCUACAUCCGCCAGAGACAGCUCAUCAUGUCACCCUUGAUAACCUCCCAUGUGAUUGGAGAGAAUGAGCCACUCACUUCGGUCCUAAAUAAAGUCAUAGCUGCAAAGGAAGUGAAUCACAAAGGACAAGGUCUUUGGGUGUCCUUAAAGUUACUGCCAGGUGACCUCACACAGGUUCAGAAGAACUUUUCACACCUGGUGGACAGAUCAACAGCAAUAGCUCGGAAAAUGGGCUUUCCAGAAAUAAUCCUGCCAGGAGAUGUUCGAAAUGAUAUUUAUGUUACCCUGAUCCAUGGGGAGUUUGACAAGGGGAAGAAGAAGACACCUAAGAACGUGGAGGUGACCAUGUCUGUGUUUGAUGAGGAAGGCAACCUUUUAGAGAAAGCCAUUCAUCCCGGUGCUGGGUACGAAGGCGUCUCGGAGUACAAGUCAGUGGUGUAUUACCAAGUCAAACAACCUUGUUGGUACGAGACGGUCAAGGUCUUCAUUGCUAUUGAGGAGGUCACACGCUGCCACAUAAGAUUUACCUUCCGACACAGGUCAUCUCAAGAAUCCAGAGAUAAAUCAGAGCGAGCCUUUGGGGUGGCCUUUGUGAAACUGAUGAACACGGAUGGCACCACACUGCAAGAUGGGAGGCAUGACCUGGUGGUGUACAAGGGUGAUAAUAAGAAAAUGGAAGAUGCUAAAUACUAUCUGACUCUGCCUGGGACUAAAGCAGAGCUGGAAGAAAAAGAACUCCAAGCAUCCAAAAACCCAUCCGUCUUUGCACCCAGCAAAGACAGCACGAAAGACAGUUUCCAGAUCGCCACCCUCAUCUGCUCCACAAAGCUCACCCAGAACGUGGACCUGCUCGGCUUACUAAACUGGCGUUCCAAUUCUCAGAACAUUAAGCACAACCUGAAGAAGUUAAUGGAAGUGGAUGGAGGAGAGAUCGUUAAGUUUUUACAGGAUACACUAGAUGCACUUUUUAACAUAAUGAUGGAAAUGUCAGACAAUGAAACGUAUGACUUCCUUGUGUUUGAUGCUCUGGUCUUCAUCAUCUCGCUGAUCGGAGACAUCAAGUUUCAGCAUUUUAACCCUGUACUGGAAACCUACAUUUACAAGCACUUCAGUGCCACCUUGGCACACGUGAAACUCUCCAAGGUACUGAACUUUUAUGUGGCUAAUGCCGAGGACCCUAGCAAGACGGAAUUGCUGUUUGCUGCUUUGAAAGCCUUGAAGUACCUGUUUCGAUUCAUCAUCCAGUCUCGGGUACUCUACUUGAGGUUUUAUGGUCAGAGCGAAGACGGAGAUGAAUUUAACAACUCAAUCCGCCAGCUGUUUCUUGCUUUCAACACGCUGAUGGACAGGCCUCUGGAAGAAGCUGUUAAGAUCAAGGGGGCAGCCUUGAAGUACCUUCCCAGCAUAAUUAAUGAUGUCAAACUGGUGUUUGAUCCCAUGGAGCUCAGCGUGCUCUUCUGCAAGUUCAUUCAAAGUAUUCCUGACAACCAGUUGGUCCGGCAGAAACUUAACUGCAUGACCAAGAUAGUGGAGAGCAGCCUUUUCCAGCAGGCAGAGUGCAGGGAGGUGCUGCUGCCGCUACUAACAGACCAGCUCAGUGGCCAGCUGGACGACCACUCGACCAAACCCGACCACGAGGCGAGCUCACAGCUUCUAAGCCACAUACUAGAGGUGCUGGACAGGACGGAUGUGGGUCCCACUUCAGCACACGUACAGCUGAUCAUGGAGAGGUUGUUGAGACGGAUCAACCGGACCGUGAUUGGGAUGAGCCGACAGUCUCCUCACAUCGGCAGCUUUGUGGCUUGCAUGAUUGCCGUCUUACGACAAAUGGAGGACAGCCACUACAGCCACUACAUCAGCACCUUCAAAACCAGACAGGACAUCAUUGACUUUCUCAUGGAAACCUUCAUUAUGUUUAAGGAUCUGAUUGGAAAGAAUGUGUAUGCCAAAGAUUGGAUGGUCAUGAAUAUGACCCAAAACAGGGUUUUCCUCCGUGCCAUCAAUCAGUUUGCUGACGUUCUCACCAAGAACUUCAUGGACCAGGCAAGCUUUGAACUUCAGCUCUGGAACAAUUAUUUCCAUUUGGCUGUAGCUUUUCUCACCCAUGAGUCCCUCCAGCUUGAAACUUUCUCAGAAGCUAAGCGCAACAAAAUUGUGAAAAAAUAUGGGGACAUGAGAAAAGAAAUCGGCUUUAGGAUCCGGGACAUGUGGUAUAACCUGGGGCCACACAAAAUCAAAUUCAUCCCAUCCAUGGUGGGUCCCAUUCUGGAAGUCACUCUGACCCCUGAAGUAGAGCUCCGUAAAGCCACGAUCCCCAUUUUCUUUGAUAUGAUGCAGUGCGAGUUCAACUUGAGUGGAAAUGGUAACUUCCACAUGUUUGAGAACGAGUUGAUCACAAAGCUGGAUCAGGAAGUGGAAGGUGGCCGAGGAGACGAACAAUACAAGGUUCUUCUGGAAAAGCUACUCUUAGAGCAUUGCCGGAAACAUAAAUACCUCUCGAGCUCUGGAGAAGUCUUUGCCCUCCUGGUCAGCAGCCUCUUAGAGAACUUGCUGGACUACAGAACCAUCAUCAUGCAUGACGAGAGCAAGGAGAACCGCAUGAGCUGCACGGUGAACGUUCUGAAUUUUUAUAAAGAAAAGAAGCGAGAGGACAUAUACAUACGGUAUUUGUACAAGCUUCGAGAUUUGCACAGAGACUGUGAGAACUACACAGAAGCUGCCUACACACUCCUCUUACACGCCGAGCUUCUGCAGUGGUCGGAUAAGCCCUGCGUGCCUCAUUUGCUGCAGAGGGAUAGUUACUAUGUUUAUACCCAGCAGGAGCUUAAAGAGAAACUGUAUCAAGAGAUCAUAUCCUAUUUUGAUAAAGGCAAAAUGUGGGAGAAAGCCAUCAAACUGAGCAAAGAGUUGGCGGAGACCUACGAAAGCAAAGUAUUUGACUACGAGGGCCUAGGCAGUCUCUUGAAAAAAAGAGCCUUGUUUUACGAGAACAUCAUUAAGGCCAUGAGGCCCCAGCCCGAGUACUUUGCUGUGGGAUACUACGGACAGGGCUUCCCUUCCUUCCUGCGGAACAAAAUCUUCAUCUACCGGGGAAAGGAGUAUGAGAGGCGAGAAGACUUCAGCUUGAGGUUGCUGACCCAGUUCCCCAAUGCUGAGAAGAUGACCAGUACCACACCACCAGGAGAGGACAUCAAGUCAUCCCCAAAGCAGUACCUGCAGUGCUUCACGGUAAAGCCUGUGAUGUGCUUGCCGCCCAGCUACAAGGACAAACCGGUUCCAGAGCAGAUCUUGAACUACUACAGAGCCAAUGAAGUGCAGCAGUUCAGAUAUUCCCGGCCGUUCAGGAAAGGAGAAAAAGACCCAGAAAAUGAGUUUGCGACCAUGUGGAUUGAAAGGACCACGUACACGACAGCCUAUACCUUCCCUGGGAUUCUCAAGUGGUUCGAAGUCAAACAUAUUUCAACAGAAGAAAUCAGCCCUUUGGAGAAUGCCAUAGAAACCAUGGAGCUGACCAACGAGAGGGUCAGCAACUGCGUGCAGCAGCAUGCCUGGGACCAUUCCCUCUCUGUGCACCCGCUCUCCAUGCUGCUCAGCGGCAUUGUGGACCCAGCUGUCAUGGGGGGAUUCUCCAACUACGAAAAGGCUUUUUUUACAGAAAAGUACUUACAAGAGCAUCCUGAAGACCAGGAGAAGGUGGAGCUCCUCAAGAGGCUGAUUGCUUUACAAAUACCUCUGCUCACGGAAGGGAUCCGCAUCCAUGGGGAGAAGCUGACGGAGCAGCUCAAGCCGCUGCAUGACCGCCUCUCUUCAUGCUUCCGCGAACUCAAGGAGAAAGUAGAGAAGCUGUAUGGAGUCAUAACGCUGCCACCCAGCAUGACAGAGAGGAAGCCAAGCCGUGCAGGCUCAAUGGUCCUGCCCUACAUCCUGUCCUCCACGCUGCGCAGGCUGUCUGUCACCUCUGUGGCCUCCUCAGUGGUGUCCACCUCCUCCAACUCUUCUGACAACGCAUCCUCCAGGCCAGGAUCCGAUGGGUCCAUCCUGGAACCACUGUUUGAACGCAGAGCUUCAUCAGGUGCCAGAGUUGAAGAUCUGCCACCCAAAGAAGACAGUGAGAACCGGAUUAGCAAGUUCAAGAGGAAAGACUGGAGUCUGAGCAAGUCACAAGUCAUUGCAGAGAAAGCUCCAGAACCUGAUAUGAUGAGCCCAGGCAAAAAAACACAAAGGCCAAAGAGUCUCCAGUUGGUGGACAGCCGGCUGACACCAUUUCACAGUCCGUCUCCUCUGCAGUCUACAGCCUUGAGCCCACCUCCACUCACUCCCAAAGCCACAAGGACCCUAAGCUCCCCAUCUUUGCAGACGGAUGGACUGAUGGCUUCUGUCCCUCCUCCACCUCCCCCGAAAAGCAAACCGUAUGAGAGCAGUCAGAGGAACUCAGCUGAGAUUGCUCCCCCCCUGCCUGUCCGGAGAGAUGCCAAAGCCCCUCCUCCACCCCCUCCAAAGGCUCGGAAAUCAGGCAUCCUCUCUUCUGAGCCAGGCUCUCAGUGAGGCUGUCACCCUGGCUCUGCACCUCUGAGUGCCUUGGACCCCUGCUGCCUGAGAAUGGCACCCAGGAAGGGUGGCCUAUGAUGCAGGGCUGGCUGCCAGCUCUGCUUCCGUCACUGAGACGGCUCCGCAACUCAGAACUGUUUUGUCUGGCUGAACGCUGAGUCGUAUCCCCUUCAGCUCAUGGCACUGGCCAUCUGUCUGCAUGAACAAACGAGUGUCCUCCCUUUUCCAUGGUGGCAUGUUGGCCUCAAUCACUGACUUGCUAGAUCUGCAGAUGCCCCGGCCAGCUCCGCUGUGGUGACACAGGGAUAGUGGAGUUGAGGACAACCCCAGCACUGACUCCUGUGUGGAUUUCUCAGUUAGCUUCUGGACAGCUGUGCUGAAGACUUCCUUCUCUCCUGCUUACAUCCCUGAUGUGUAUAACCUCCUGAAAGAGCCAGAUGCCAAGUACACUCCAGGGGCUAGCAUGGCUCUCUUUCCAUAAUGUCUGCUGUCUCCUUUGAGGAAAAGACUCCAAAUGUGUAGCGGACGUGGGCCACUCUCAGGUGUGGAUGGCUUCUCCUGAGAUAUCGCAGACUCACGUUCUGGCAUUCUCCUGAAGAGUGGCCCUCACCACACAGCAGUACCUCGCUGUCCCUUGGAUUCCAUCGAUGCUCUUUGGUACUCCUUUCUCAUCUUCUUCCUUUGAGCUCAAAUCCUGAGCUCUGAGGGGACGUAGGAGCCUGGGCUCUACCGGCUACAUUUCCACACUCUGUUGGACUGAUAGUGGUCCCUGCCUACUACUUGAUUUUACCCUGGAAAAUACAGUGCAAUAUUCCCUUUGAUUAUUUAUUCCUCUUGAUCAUAGAGUGAAUUUGAUUAAUUACUAAUGGUACUAAUUAAUGGCCAUACUCCUUUCAGAAGGAAAAAUUCGGGUGACUUGGAUGUCCAAAUAUUAUGUUGACAUAAAUGACCACAAGAUGUUAUCGAUAUUUUGAGUUAGAUGGGUUUUUUAAUUCACACACACAUACACACACACACACACACACACACACACACAUAUGCGCGUGCGCACGCACAUGCUCACACUCACCUCAUUUUUGCAGGUAAAGAAAUAGAGGCUUCAUGCCAAAAGUAGACCUCAGGCUUUGACUAACAGCCCAGCUUGCUCACAUACGACGUACCCAAGAUAGCAUCUCUAACAAGGUCUUGACUGCCUAGCCCAGUGGGAAUGGUAUUUGAAAAGCCCCAGAUAGUUCUAACAGACUUGGUUGUUGAUGGCAAAACCAAAAGCUUUCUGUGGCUUGGGUAUACCCUGGGCAUUCUCGAAUCACUCCAUGGCCUUGCCCUGAGUCUUUUUUCCAAGUUCAAGUGAGCAGGGGGAUUCUAGUCGUGAGGAUGUGCGUUUGCACAUCGUCCUCUGCAUUUGCUCGCCUCCUCUCACUGCCUUUGCUAAGGACGAUGAGCCCGGGUCAUCACAGCUAUCAAAGGAGCAAAACACACAGAGGCAUGCCUGGCACAGCACUAGAGAAGUUAGUAUACGUAUCCCAGAAAUGCCACCAGAAUCUCUUGACUUCGAUCAAGGAGCGCCCGCAUGCAGCCGUGGAAAACACACGGGCUCUGAAAUUUCAAACUACUUUGGUCUCAAAGCCCAGGUGUCACCAUUAACUUUGCACUUGAAAUUCUCCAAGUGUUUGUUUUCUCACUUUUCAAAGUGGGGAAUAUUUCCUCCCACACAAGUGGUUGUGGGUUCUGAUUAAGGUGGAGCAGGGAGUGCAGUCAAUGACUUUCCUCUACUAGACUUGGGUAAGAUCUGAUACAGUUUAUUUCUCUUCAGGGUAUUUGAGCCUGAAUUCAGAUAUGUGUCUUCCCUAAACUAGAUGGCAGCCUGGGGCACCAUUUGCAUGAAGGGUUAAUAAGAGAUGAAGAUUAUUUUAAGUAAAAAGAACCAGGCCCUGCUGAGAAGCAAGAAGGCACCAGAAGGGUACUAGAGGGCUUCCAUGGAGCCUGGAACUUCUGAGAAGAGCCCUAGCAAACCAGCUGAAAAAGAUUUGAAGAUGUCACCAUGCAUUGCAGGCAGCCAUUGAAACACAGAAACUGGGUGGGGAAAGAAAAACAAAUCCUCUGCCUGUUUCUUGCAUUGAACAAUAGCAGAAGUGAGUCCUCAACCUGGUCUCUGAGCAGAGCUGGACCUGUCAGUGCCUAGAUGUGCCAGCCCCCUUUUCUUGUGAGGCAUUUUUCCAUGAUUCCCUUUCCAUAUUAAUGAAAAUAAUAGCUUUCAGCUGCCUCGACACAAAGGACUCUGGGUGAUGUCCUAGGUAGGUGCUGGUUUACAAGGCACUGGGAGAUUGACGUCUUUGGGAAGGUAUGUUAAGGCUUCUCUUGCUAAGAUUAAGCUUGUAUCAAGUUGACAUAAAAACUAGCUGGCCAAGAAGCUAUGGAUAAAGGAGUUAAUUUGAUUAGAAGAAGAGUCAUUGUCAGUACUAAGUUGAAGGCUGUAAUGACAUGUUAAAUACAGACAGGACAAAAGGGGGGGGGCAGGACAAACUGGUCUUUAUUACCCUUGCUAAGAUCUCUGAGGUAUUGAAAGGCACUGAAAUCAGCCCUGAGAUUAUCACAGUCUUUAUGAAUGAAUAUUGAUGGAUGGCUUGUGAGUUUGUGGUAUUGUUACAUCUCUCUAUUUUUUUCUUUUUCUACCGUGAUGACUUGUCUUGCCUUGAGAUUUUUUUUUUCUUUUAAGGAAAGAUUUCAUUCAGUAUACAUGCGCUGAAGGCCAGACACAGUUCUAACCCCCUUGGCACACUCAAUAGAAACAGCCUGCUCUGCAGUUUCCUCUACUGUGCUGUAGGAGAAGAAAGUCCGUAGUUUUUGGCAAAGAAACCUGAAAUAAGGCUGCUUGGCAGUGGGCUGUCUCUUCCCUCUACCUCCACCCCUUGCUUGACUCCAGAAAUGAAGUCAUCUCUCUAGCCAGAGAAAUUAUACAGUUAGCCACACUGCAGAUCCCCUGGGAAAAACAAGGUGUGUCGUGGGAGCUGAGAUGGGACGAUAACCACCUUGUCACCACUUUCCACGUUGAGUCUUUCCCUUCUAGUUGCUUCCAAAUUGAGGGGCAGGUUUUCAUUUUGCAACUCAAAUGCAAAUUACAUACAGUGAGAACACAAAGCACAGGAGUGCAGACAGAGACAUCACUAGAUAGCUAGACAUCCAGGUGACCUUUUCUCAGACAGACAUGAGUCCUGUUUCCCAGAAGGUACUUGAGUGCCAAUAGCACCAUUCUGUAAAACAUACUUGGGAGGUCCUUCCAAGUUUGUGCCUCUAUCCCUUACACUUCUCAGGUAUAAUGAAAAGGGGAUAAGACCCUCCGAUCAACACAAGACGACAGAGAUGAUAUCGCAUGUCACAGGUCCACUUCCUUAUACAUUUGGGACUGCAUGGAUGUGGUCAGGUCUUUUCUGACCUGGCCUCCUUUUUUUUUUUUCCUAAGGAAACCAAAGUGAGAUUUCUGUCCAAAGGUUUUUGCUGUCUGAACUGGAAUCCACAUUUCUCAUCCUUACUGGUGCUUUCAGCCUUCCAUGCCUGGCUAUUAUGAUCAAAAGAUUUGUGAAUAUUAAUGAGUCUAGCAUCUAUUUUUGAGGUAUUGGUACAAAUUGUCCUAAUUCUCACAGUAGCCUAUGGAUGCUUGUCUUCAGAAUCACUAACCUAGGCUGCUGAGCCAAUCUCCCGUUCCUCAUUGGGGAUGAGACUUUCCUUGUGUCCCUCGGGGCACUGGAUGACUACUGUUUUCUUGGACAUUUUCAUUCCUUCAUAAGUAUGUUAUUCAAAAUUUUAAAUCGGAAUUGCUGAAGGUGUAGUUCACUUGCUUAGCUUAUGUGAGGUCCUGGGUUCUAUUCUGGGUACAGCCAAAGGAAUAAAAAUUGGCAAAAGUGAAGCAUCUCUUUGGGUGGGUUCCGAGUCAAGCCAUCCAUUGUUAGCUAUGAAAGAAAUAGUUUUCCUUUGGGGAUAAUUACUUCCAGCUGACUCUUCAGACUCCCACAUGCACGCCUGAGCUCAUCUCCUACGUUGCCUCUUGCAAGUUGCUCACCCUGUCAAAAUUCCUUCACCAUGAGUUUAUAACUAACUGGGUUUCAUACAUGGAUAGUUAGGAAGAUGUGUGUUGAAGAGUUUUGUUCAUAUUUGUUGUUAUUUAUUUUGUAAAUUAAAAAUGGAAAUGUAUUUUAAAAGUUUGUUUUGUGUUUAGCUGGUUACUGUUCUUAGAUUAAUAAAAUGAGAUCAUGGA